GCAAAUUAAAACGUUGUACAUCAAUCAUUUAACUUUUGAAUCAUUUUCUUGUCAUGAAUAUUCGCUAAGCUGUACAAAUAUCUCCUUUAUUAUACCCUUUUGGAUGAUUGCUUUCCUUCCUCACCUUUUUUUCUUUUGGUGGGUUUAUUUUCACGACUUAAAACUCUUAUUUGCAUGUCAGUAGACUACAAUGGCCUGAAAGUUCCCCUUUUUGGUAGGUCUGCUUUUUUAUUAAGGAUCAUGGUUUCUACAACAUCCAUCAAUUGUCAAUCUGUAGCAACAAAAGGAGCAAAAAGCUCAACUUUGUAAAAGAAUCUGAAUCUUUAGCAGUAAAAGAUGGAGUUUCUUCUGCAAGGAGGAGAGUCUUUAAUUGGGACCAUUAGGAUUGCUGUUUUGCCCAUAGCAAAAGUUUUUACCAUUUGCUUCAUGGGAUUUCUCAUGGCCUCCAAGUAUGUUAAUAUCUUGCCAGCCAAUGGAAGGAAGCUUUUAGAUGGGUUGGUGUUUUCACUUUUGCUCCCAUGUUUGAUGUUCUCUCAACUUGGACAAGCCAUUACUUUUGAGAAACUGCUUCAGUGGUGGUUUAUCCCUGUAAACGUUGUCAUUGCCACCAUAUCUGGUUCUAUUAUAGGUUUAAUUGUUGCCACAAUUGUACGCCCGCCAUACCCCUAUUUCAAGUUUACCAUUAUACAGAUUGGAAUUGGGAAUAUUGGAAAUGUACCUCUAGUCCUGAUUGCAGCAUUAUGUAGAGAUAAUGAAAAUCCUUUUGGUGACUAUGAGAAAUGCUCUCGAGAUGGAAAUGCAUACAUCUCAUUUGGCCAGUGGGUUGGUGCAAUUGUCGUGUACACCUAUGUAUUUCAUAUGCUCGCACCUCCUCGUGAAGGUACCUUUGAUGUUGAAGAUGGAAAUAGUCACAUCAAGACUCCUAACAAAGAUAGCCAUCCAAUGGGUUGUUCCACAGAGAAAGUUCCAUUACUCACAACAGCUGGCUCAAGUUCUUCAACGGAAGAAAAGAGUAAAAGUUUCUUUAAAUUUCUCUAUGAGAAACUGAAACUCAAGCAAAUCAUUCAACCGCCCAUUAUAGCUUCUAUCCUAGCUAUUAUCAUAGGCUGUGUGCCAGUCCUAAGGCGACUGAUAUUUACUUCUGAUGCUCCAUUUUACUUCUUCACUGACAGCUGUUUGAUUCUUGGGGACGCCAUGAUUCCCUGCAUAUUGUUGGCUUUAGGAGGCAACCUUGUUAAUGGACCAGGAACUGGAAGUGCAAAGCUUGGUCUAAAGACAACUGCUGCCAUUAUUUUUGGGCGGCUGCUAUUGGUUCCUCCAACUGGGCUUAGCAUAGUUAUGUUAGCUGAUAAGCUUGGCUUUCUUCCCCCUGAUGAUAAAAUGUUCAGAUUUGUUUUACUUCUUCAGCAUACUAUGCCCACAUCUGUACUUUCUGGUGCUGUUGCUAACUUGAGAGGAUGUGGGAAAGAGGCAGCUUCUAUCUUGUUCUGGGUUCAUAUCUUUGCUGUGUUCUCUAUGGCCGGAUGGAUCACCCUCUAUCUCAACAUACUCUUUUGAAUCAUAAACCAAGGAACGAUUUUGAUGAACAUAUUUAUAUUCCUCUCCUAAGAUUCUUCCACCUUCUCCAAAGUUGCUGCUUUUAUGCCAUCAUUGUUAAUAGUUACUUGAGAAGAUGUAUCUAGUAUGUAGGAACACCAGCUACAAACUAUAAAUAACUAGUUGUACAAACAAUAAUAUUAAAAUAUAUGUACGAUACAAGCUCUGACUUAAUAAAUUAUUGUAUGUAAGAGGAUUAGAUAUUAUUUGAAUAACGAAUAUUCGUUACAUAAAUACAAUUAUCAUACCAAAUAUUCAACUUGA